AGGAAGCCUUCCCUCAUAACAACAGCGGCAAAAGGCUGAGUUCUUUUUUCUUAACUAUGACAAUAUUUCACGUAUUUGGUGCGUAAAUAUAACGGCACCAUGGUAUGAUAUCACAUGAUAUCAAUGAACACUUAGUCCGCUCUGUGCUAGAGUGUACUCCGUGGACUUUUUCGCUUCGUUUGAGCCACUUUGCUAACGCCUGUAGCUUGAUGUGAAGUUAGCCUGAACGGCUAACGUCAGAGUAACUUAUUCAAAUGGAUGAAAAAUAACAACAAGCGUUCAAUCAAAGAGGACAAUGCCACGCUUGCAGUCUGGUGUGUGGAAACAUUUUACCCCAGCCAUCAAAGAUGGGAGGGAAAGCGUCAUGUGCAACUACUGUGCAAAGACGUACACAAAGAAUGCCACCAAGAUGCAGAUGCAUUUGGACAAAUGCAAGGAGUACUCUGUGGUGUCACAGCAGUCGCCGGGUCCAGACGGGAGCUCCGCUGCCUCCAUCCCUGUUCCCUCUUUCUCCUACUUACCAUCUGCCAAUCCUGGGGGACAGUUCCUCAUUGAUUCAGUGGAUCAGCGCAGCCAGGCAUACGCUGAUGAGUGCCUGGCGAGGGCUGUGUACGCCACCUCCUCACCCCUCACUCUCACAGACAAUAUUUAUUGGAAACGAUUUUUCAGCGUGCUCCGGCCCGCUUACUGUCCGCCCACCACGGAGGCUUUGUCCUCUAAUCUGCUGGACUGCGAGUAUGACAGAGUGCAAAACCAGGUUCACGAGGCAAUAGGGAAAUCAGACAGUGUCACCAUCGUUUGUAGCGGCUUUUCAAACAUGAAAGAAACUGGAACUAUUGUUUAUGUUGUGGCAACUCCUGCGCCGCUGUUCUACAAAUGCACAAAGACAAAGGAGCAGACACACUCUAGCACGUUUAUCAUCGAGGAACUGAAAGAGAUUAUAAAUGAAGUGGGACCUCAGAAGGUCUUUGCUGUCAUAACUGAUGACGCCCCUGAGAUGAUGACAGUUUGGACUCAGGUAGAAGAAGCUUUCCCGCACAUUUUAGCUAUUGGCUGCACAGCGUGUGGCAUCCAGCAGCUCUUUGAUGACAUAGUGGCACAGCCAUCUGUGAAGGCAUUGUGCAGGAGAGCUGAGCAGGUGGUGAGGCAUGUUAAAGAAAAGAAAUUAUUAGCAGAGACCUUCAGGUGCUGGCAGACUACCAAGAGAAGAAGCAAUACUCCCAAUGGGACGACGCUGGCACUGCCCACCAGCUCUGGCUGGUCUGGUGUGCUUAACAUGUUCAACAGCCUCCUGGAGGGUCAGAGCUCCUUACAAGAAAUGGCUGUCUCACCCACGCUCAAUGUUGAUGCAUCCAUCAGGGCCACUUUGCAGGAUUCUACAUUUUGGAAAGGGUUGAUGAGCAGUCAUAACCUGCUCUACUUGAUUGGGAAUUCUAUUGAUUACAUGAAAAGAGAAGACGCUGUGCUCAGUGGCGUUGUUGACAUGUUCAGUCAGCUGAGAUACCACAUUGGAGCCUCACUGUCUGGGUCUGUGCUGCACAGCGCGGAGCAGAAAGCCGUGUUGACUUCAUUAGACCGGUGUCAGGAGUUCUGCGUGAAGCCCAUCCACGCAGCGGCGUACAUGCUUGAUCCAAAGUAUGUUGGGCAGCAGACGCUCUCCGGGGAGCAGAUCAACAGCGCUUACUAUGUGAUAACCAACCUGUCACACCAUCUAAACCUUGAUGAGGGAAAAGUGCUCGGCAGCUUUGCGAGGUUCUCAGCCAAGCAGGGCCUGUGGAAAGGGGCUGGGAUCUGGAGCUCAUGCCAGCACGUGUCCGCGUCCACUUGGUGGAAAGGGCUGUGUUCCUCCGAGCCGCUGUCGGCCAUUGCCUCCGCCAUCCUCCAGAUCCCUCCAACAGCGGGUGCGUGUGAGAGGCUGUGGUCACGUUUCUGUAGCACAAAGAUCGAAGGUUCUUUCACAGCUGACAGGGCCCAGAAACUGGUAGCAGUGCAGGCCAAUCUUAAUCUUUUAGAGCCAAGUGAUUGUGACUUUGCUCCGCUGGAGAGUGAGGAGGAGAGGAAAGUUUCGUUCCAGUCUGAGACUCAGUAGAACAACAAAUACAGUAUAUAGAGCAGAGCACAUGGGCUGUUUAGAAGGACAUUUAAAGAAUAGUCACAGAAAAUCAGAGACAGCGUAUUAAUCAGGAUGUAAAUGAAUGAAUUAAGAACUUUCCUAGCUCUUAAUGCACUGUGCUCACAUUCCAUAUGGACUCACUGAUUAAAUGUGUUUUGAUCCUAUAUAAUACAUAUUAAUGUAGUGUUUUGUUUCCAUUUGAACAAAUAUGUAUCAUUUUACAUUCACAACAUUUGCAGAUGAAGUGUGAUGCAGGGUGAGGGACAAAAUACAGACCACUGAGAAGCUGUUAUCGAAGCCAACAAUAAGCCAGCACUGCUAACGGAGAGGUACCCGGAUGUGGAACCGUGACUUAGCUGGUAAUUAAUCAACAUUCAUUUUGUCCUUAACACUGCACUGUACAUUUACCUGUGUUUCAAAGUUUUUUGUCACAUUGAUAAAAGGGUGUUAUUAAAGGCACAGUAUUUAUAG